AUGGUGUCUUUCACCAACCAACUUGCGAAUCUUGUCGUGGGAACCAUCCUCGACCACCAGACAGCCAGAAAACGAGCAGCUGCCAUCGAGCACUGGAUCAGCAUUGCCCAGGAAUCCUCCAACCUUCGCAACUACGAUGGACUGACGGCUCUUCUCUCGGGCAUAGGCCACAGUGCUAUUGUUCGACUGCGCCGGACGUGGAGUCUCGUGUCGCCAAAGCGGGAGAGCACUCUGCGAACCUUGCAGAUGCUCAUCAAUCCUUCCCAUAAUCACAAAUCGCUCCGCACAUUGUUGAAUACCCAUGACGCUCCUUGCCUACCGUUUCUGGGCUUGUAUCUCACUGACCUAGCCUUUGUGGACAUGGCCUCCUAUCCUUUGAUGAAAAAGCCCUUGGAUCUCGGUAGCAAAGCUGCGCCUGAGCACCGCUUCAUCAACUUUACCAAAUAUUCUCGGACAGCAAAGAUCGUGAGGCAACUGCAGCGUUUCCAAAUGCCGUGCGAGUUGACAAUGUACCCUCGCUUGCAGCAGUGGCUAGCUCUAAAAAUAUCGCAACUCAGUAAGCCUAUUGCUAGAGCCGCGGAACACAACGGGAUAGUUGCGGCUCACGCACAACUUUCAGAGCACCGAGACGCCAGACUACUUUCCGCCUGA